CGAUCACCCGAGGAAGCCUGCAGCGGUGCUGGACUGCCUCUGAGAUCUGACCGGCCUCUCCUUGCCUCCUGUAUGGAUCACUGGCUCUCUCAUGAUGAUAGCUGUGCACACGAUGCAGAACCAGGCUGGCAGAGAUGCAUCUCUGAUAUCAAACGGCAACGGCCAAAAAUCAAUGUCUGUGGAGGAUGCUGUUGGAAAUGCAUUCCUGCAAAUAUUGGCUGGUGGGGAGAGUCAAGGUCACCGCGUGCCAGUGGCAUUUCUCCUGAUCAUCAUUUGAUAGAAGCCUUUGCGAGAGAUGUGAGGCGCCGGAAGGAGCAGCCUCCCGGGCACUACGACGAUUUCAUCGAUCUUGCUGCCUCGGCGGCCGUUCGGGUCCUCAUCUACGGCCCACAUACCCCUGAAGAACGCGAAGACCCCUUGCCUUUGAUGCUCUAUAGGAAGAUGCUCUACCUUGUGAAGCAUGCAUUGCCAGAGACCAAAUCCAGUUCAGAAAAGCGCCCGCAACCUGCCGGUGAGAAACAUGAUCGGGCGGAUGGCGACGACGAGCUGGAUACUGCAAAGCGGCAGCAACUCCUGGGCGGUGCCUACGAAUCGGGCUUCUCGGCCGGGCUCGAAGCGGGUGCCCGAGCAGAGGCUUCCAGGCGCCAGGUAGACCCAGCUGAUAUCGAGGGAGCUUAUGCCCAGGGAUUUGCCGCUGGUCAGCGUCGGCUCAUGAACAGUGAGAUCGCUUUUGCCUUCGCCAGAGGCCAGGAAGCAGAGAAGGAGCGGGUUCGAGCCUGUCUGGGGGAGAUAGGAGAACAAGAAAGCCAGUUAAGGCAAAUCUUGGAAAACAUUCUGGGAGAGACAGCCGAGUCUGAUCAGCCUUUGCGACACCGCUUGCCCGAGAGUGCGUCAACGACAAAAGCACCAGCACAGCAUUCUCGGCAUUACUCCAGCAGAGGCUCAGACUCCAGCCAUGUAAGCCCACCAGCCAGAUCAUCAGUAGCUACUGCUCCUUCCGAUGUUUGGAAUUCGUCCAUUCGUCGGGAACCGACGCCGGAUCCAGCCUCUGAGAGGAGGGCUACAUUGCCCGGACAACGUCGUGGGCGGCGGCGGUCGACCCUGAACGAAACUGAGGGUCGGAAUGCGGUUGCCACAUGUGUAUUCUGUGGUAUCCAACUCUCACAGAAUUCAAUCUUACGACACAAGAGGAGACACCACCCAGCAGAGCUGGCAGCUGUCGGUGUUCCGCUCCGCAGCUGUCCUUGCUGGUGGCCUGGGUGCGGCCAACUCCAGGACAAUCUCGUCCACGGCCAGCUGACAUCACACCUGCAGCGGAAACAUAACUUCUCGCCUCCCGGUGACUCAAAUGCUUUCACCGAGAAUAUCAAAUUUCUCAGGAGGAUGCCGAUGAACCUGCAAAUUAGUAUCGUCGCGGAGGCUGCACAACAGCUGAACGCGGUCAAGCUGCGGAUCCAGGACCUGGAGGCCCAGCUCCGCCGGGUGAAGCCGGCGUAUGUCAGCCGGCACAGGCUUCCCGAUGUUCACUGUCUCCACGAGUCCCGUCCGCCGGUCCUGUCAGCCAUACUACACACCCGCGCACGGCUGCCGUACAUAAUACAGGAGCUGCGCCAGCUGACCAGAGCGCGCGGUAUGAGGAGCCAGCUGCGUGACGAUGAGGGCACCUGGUGGGAGGUCGCCGACGACCUGGAGGCAGGGCUCAACCCAUCGGGCAAGCUGGCCCAGGCUGUUGCCGCCCUCCCACCUCCUGGCGGCGGGGCGACCAUACACCUUAACGCAAAUACCUUCUCCGAGGCGCCCAACAUGAAUGAUCCUUCUUGGAAACCGCAGUACGCCGUGCCGUUUCAGGCUGGCUGGGAAGUUAACGGUCUGGACGACAACAACCCCGUUUGGACGCGGGCAGGCCCUGGGGCACGCGGCGGUACAUCGGCGAUCGCUGACCGGCCAAUCAAGAACGAGCCGGAAGACGACGAAGAGGAUGGGAGCUACAGGGACCUCGUGGCUGAGAUCUCGCGCAGGGCGCUGAUUGGAAACACACAGUCGGAUUGGGAUGAUAACGGCAGUGACGAGGUGGGAGAUGAGUCGGCCGAUACUGAAGACGAUACUGCACGGGAUGAUGGGCUUGAUCGUUCCAAUGGCACGAAAUCGACGCCGGGAAAACGUAAGAUGUCAGCGACCAUGUCUCCGUCACCGAGGACGACUAAAAGUCACAGGGUCUUUUGACGGUGUGGGCUCCUAUGAAC